GGGGAGCUGGGUGUCACCUUUUCCUGCUCUAUCUGCCUACAAGUCCUUACGCAGGGCACACAUUACCCGGCAGCCACUCUCCCCCGUGUAUUCAAGCAAGAUGGCAGCUGUUGUUGAGAAUGUUGUCAAACUGUUGGGAGAGCAGUACUACAGAGAUGCCAUGGAGCAAUGUCAUAACUACAAUGCCAGGCUCUGUGCUGAGAGGAGUGUCCGCAUGCCGUUCCUCGACUCUCAGACUGGUGUGGCUCAGAGCAACUGCUACAUUUGGAUGGAGAAGAGACACAGGGGACCAGGCAUGGCUCCAGGGCAGCUCUACACCUACCCAUCCAGGAGGUGGAGGAAGAAACGGAGAUCUCAUCCUCCAGAGGACCCCCGGCUUAUCUUCCCCCCUGUCAAGUCAGAGUUAGAUUUAGGACUGAAGAAGGAUGCUCUGUUGUCGUCGGAUGGCAGCAGCCUGGAGGCCCUGCUGAAGGGGGAUUCCCUGGAGAAACGCACACCCGCAGACAUCCGAGGGUCUGAAGAAGAUUCCAACCUCAGCGAUUACACCGGAGGUCUGAACCCUGCUGCCCGGAUUAGAAAGAGGAUCCUCGAGCCAGACGACUUCAUGGAUGACCUGGAUGACGAAGACUACGAGGAAGACACGCCUAAAAGGAGAGGCAAAGGGAAGGGGAAGGGUCGAGGAGUGGGCAGCAGCAGGAAGAAGCUGGAUACAGCAGCACUGGAGGACAGAGACAAGCCGUACGCCUGUGACAUCUGUGGGAAGCGCUACAAGAACCGUCCUGGUCUGAGCUACCACUACGCCCACUCCCACCUGGCCGAGGAGGAAGGCGAGGAGAAGGAAGAGGUAGAGAUCAACGAGCCCGCCCCGCCGCCGCCCGAGGAGCCUAAAACUCCAAAGAAAGGCCCAGACGGUCUGGCGUUGCCUAAUAAUUACUGUGAUUUCUGCCUGGGAGACUCCAAAACCAACCACAAGACUGGCCAGUCAGAAGAGCUGGUGUCCUGCUCCGACUGUGGACGCUCAGGCCACCCCUCCUGCCUGCAGUUCACUCCUGUAAUGAUGGCUGCUGUGAAGACAUACCGGUGGCAGUGCAUAGAGUGCAAGUGUUGCAACAUGUGCGGCACCUCAGAGAAUGAUGAUCAGCUUCUGUUCUGUGAUGACUGUGAUAGAGGCUAUCACAUGUACUGUCUCAACCCACCCAUGUCUGAACCUCCAGAGGGAAGCUGGAGUUGUCAUCUAUGUCUGGACCUUUUGAAAGACAAGGCAUCCAUAUAUCAGAACCAGAACGCCCCACCGUCGUGAUGGCCGCUCCUCCUGCACACACUCUUCACUCAGCCAUCCCACAGCAGUAUGCUUACCCUUCAAAACAGAUGAUAUACACCCCCCUGACAAGCUGACCUCGGAGGGAGUGUGUUCAGAAGAGGUGAUUAAAUUGUAAAAUUGUAAAAAAGGGAAGUAUACCUUACCAAACUGGCCUCACUUCGCUUCAGAUAUGACUGUUACACAGUUCCAAGCUCUGAUUCAGCCCCAUAGAUUUUUAUGUUCAACUCUUUGCCGCAUAGCCAAUUUGAGAUACACAGCAUAAACAGCCAAAUUAUCACUUCCUGUUCAGCUUUUUUACACAUACACCUACACAAAGUUGCUCAAACCUUGUCUUUAUCCUGCAAUGUACUGAUUUUAUGACUAGAGCAGAAAUAGAGCUCGCUGGAAUCAAGUAGCAUGCCAAUGCUUGCUCAUCGUUAAAAAAUAGACAUUUUAUAAUAUUUAUAUAUUUCUAUGGUAUAAAAUAGUGUUAAGUAUGUAUAAAUUGGAAAGAGAAUGGUCCUGUAAUGGUCUUUUUUAUUAGUGCCCAUCUCAUCAUUAUGGAAAAAAUUCCACAACCAUGUGUUCUUUUAUGGCACUACUGAUAUUUGGUGAUUCAUUUGAUAGAGUCAAAGGGAUCCGCUGAGACUAUAAAUGAUUUUUCAUCUCAUCCACUGCCACCGGUCACACACCGGCUCACUCAGAAACUUGACAAAAACAGGAACUAUGACUAUAAAUCCUGGCAUGCUUGUCAAAAUGGCUCCAAAGGCUGAAUGACUUCAGGGACGGCAGGUCAGAUUUCAGUCGCUCCAGUUAUGCCAGUGGCUAACGAGCUGCACAGAGCUCAGGAAAAUGCCUGAGGACAUACUGAUGACGUGUUUCAUUCAGGCUCUGGGGCCUUUUUGACAAAUGUGUCUGCUCCUCAUUCUGGUCCUGACGACUGCAGCGACACAACGCAGACAUGAUGCUGAAACUUUCAUUGGAAAAACUGUCUUCAAGCUGCACACCAGGGGCCAGAUGCAUAAAGUUCAGUGUAGAUUCAUGAUUAAAACUGUGUUUACGCACAAAGCGAGAAAUAUGCAUGGGGUGUGUACACAUGGUUCUGUUGUAGAAAUCUCAUAUGCUCCCUGCUCCACCAGUCUUCAGACCUUUCAGUGAAACAAACGGCAAAGAAAUAGUGCAGUGUCACUGAUUGUGUUGCACCGGUGAGGUUCUCCGACAACCAGAACAGCUGUCAUUACGCACGGUUGUGCAGCUAUAGCAUCCCUAUCAUUAAUUCAUCACAUAGACCUGUAAACCAUCGUCGGCAGUGAUAUCUCUCCAUAAUUUUCAGUGAUAUAAUCAAUGAUUAGUUUGCAGUGAUCAUAUUGAAACAGACUGUACAGGUGUGUCCCAGUUAAGGAGUAAAAAAAGAGCGAAAUGAAGCCUCCUAUGUAAAUUAGAAGAAUGAUAAAAUUGAUCACACAAAAGUAAUUUAUCUAUAUUUAGUUUAUAAAUGCACCUUUGCACCUUUUUACAAAUCGCCAUGCAAACGCAUAAAAAUCACACAGUACAGUUGAUUAACAACUUAAAUAAACAAUGUUUUAUUUAGAUUGCGUCUCUCACCGUAUUUUUUUCAUUUCCACCUUCAUAUGACCCGCAGCUGGUUCUGGAAAUACAUGUGUACACCUGAAGUGUGUAUGGAGUGGGCACAUUGUCAUCGCAAAGUCUGUUUUUAGAAAUACCAGUUUAUGUGUGGGAAAUGGCGUAUGUAUGGUUUUUGUGCGUAUGCAUAGUUUAUACAUCUGGCCCUAGGUCUUUUUUUGACAGAUGACAUAAUGGUAUGAAGAUAAUGAUGAUGAUGAUGAUUCUUCCAGUCAAAUCAAAAACUAAUCCGACUUGCAUUACCAGCCAGGUAAAGGGAUUAAAAACCCUUCAUCGCUGUGUUCUAGUAGUUUGCUGAUCAUGCACCAUAUUCAGCAUCUGCUGAUGUUGUGACACCACUAGAUUAUUUUAAUGUAAUUGAGGACUAUGCGACCUUGCAAAUGGUCACUUGCUGACAAUGUUAAAGCAAUAUAAGAGCUCCCGUAGGAUGCUGGGAUGACAGGGACUCAUGGCAGAGCCUGUUUACGCUCUGUUGCCUGAUAAUGUGCGAUACUGUAAAAUGCUAUUACAGACCUGGGACUGUGGCAACGAUUAUGGAUGGCUCCAUAUAGUAGAAAAGAGUUUAUAAUGUGUAUGUGUUUAGUCCUAUGACGAGGCGGCUCUUUUUGUCACUGCUUUUAUUGUUUUAUUAUGCAAUGGUUUCCUUCUGUGGCAAGGCUAACAGAAAAUGUCUGGCUGAACUGCUAAAGCAGUGACUUUACCUCAAACAGAAACAGUAUUUAAAGGGUUGAAACAUGCUGUAGAUAGAUGGGACAAAGGCAGAGGGAUACAUAGUAAUGACAGCUGCAGUUCCUGCUUCAAUGACUGCAUAUUCUACAGUUAAACAAGUGCAUGCUCAGUAAUUGUCUGCACUCUCAUAUACUUCAUAGUCGUCUCAGCAUUAGGUUGGCAAAGGUGUUGGGAAGUGGUGUAAUAUAAAUUAACCAUGCUAUCAUGUCGUUUCAAUAGCCAACUAACAAUUACUAAAGCAUUACACGAGUAUAACUUGGUUUAUUUUCUCAUCACGUUUUAAACUUACUGUUAUUUAGAGACAGUGGCUACUAGAAUAUUUUUGCUGGUUGUUUUUGUAUUCAUCGAUGGUGUUUGCGUACCUGAUGUGUGGGACAUUUGGGGACUUAAGUGGAAGUUGCUCUCUAGUUAAUCCAGUGAUCCCGGCGUCAACUGAGCCGCUCUCUUCCAAAGCUCGAAACAAGAAGCAAAGCCCAUAAUGUGAUUAAGAGGCAAAUUCUGGAGCUGCACCAUCAACAGAGUGGUUAAGUAAUGAUGGACCCAUUAUCCACCUUCCAGGCUGCACCCAGAGGAAAGCCAUAAACAAGGAAGUUUACCUGUUGGCUGUCAUGUUAUUUUAUUCAUAUCAGAUUAUGGUUUUCUGGUUUCAAGCUUUGGGAGAGAAUCGUUCAUAACAAAUUCAUGUUUGAACCAAGAUCAUAGGUUUACAAAGUAGGUGAAUUCUCUUAGGGUGAACUUUCAUUUGGAUUGUGAUGGAAUGUUUUAUUGUAUGAAAUCUGUCUUCAGGAAAAUAAACUACUAGGCACUAUAACA